AUGUAUAUCUAUAAUCAUUGCCAUCCUUUGUACUUGAUGAGAAAGUUCACAGGCGGACGAGAAAUACUUCAUCCAGCUCCAACUCGAUUCGCCACUAAUUUCAUUGCUUUGCAAAGUAUUUUGGCUCAAAAGGAUGCAUUGAGAGCUAUAGUGACAUCUAGAGAAUGGACAAGCUCAUCUUACUCUAAAGAAGCCAAAGCAAAUAAGUUUGUAGAUCAAGUCUUAGAUUCUAAAUUUUGGAAUCAAUGCACUGAUAUUGUUAAGCUUAUUGAGCCACUUGUUCGUGUAUUGCGUAUUGUGGAUAGUGAAGAUAGAGCUGCAAUGGGUUUCCUUUAUCAAGCUAUUUAUAAGGCUAGGGAAGAGAUGGUGAAGAGAUUUCAAAAAAGAAAGAGGGUUGUUGAUCCAUAUUUGAAGAUUUUAGAUUCACGUUGGGAUUCACAACUUAAAAGAAACCUUCAUGCUGCUGGUUAUUGGUUAAAUCCAGCUUUUCAAUUUAAUGCUGUAGAAUUUGAAAAGCACAAGCAAACAACUUCUGGCCUACUAGAUGUCAUUGAGAGAUAUUCUUACGGUGAUGCAGAUUUGAUUUCUAAAUUGACAAGUGAGACGAGAAUCUUUAAGAAUGUUGAAGGAGACUUUGGAAGACAAUCUGCAAUACGUGAGCGAAGCACAGUGAUGCCUGGUUGUGAGCAUAACUGGAGCAUUUUUGAAGAUAUUCACUCAAAGAAAAGGAAUCGGUUAGAGCAUCAAAAGCUUAAUGAUCUUGUUUAUGUUCAUUACAACUUAAGGCUACAACAAAGGAACCGAAUGAGAAAGCAAAUUUAUGAUCCAAUUUGUCUUGAUACAUUUGAGGAUCAUUUGGAAUGGAUAUUGGAAGAUUCACCACCAUUUUUAACCCCUGAAGAAGUUGAUGCUUUAAGGAAUGAUCUUGCAAAUAUGUCUCUUCAAUCAGCUUUAGAUGAUUUGGAUCAAUUGAAUAUGGAAGAUGAUCGAGAUGAUGAUGAAGCUAAUAAUAAUUCUGUGAAAAAUGCAAAUCAGAAUGAAACCAAUCAUGAUAUAGCUCCAGAUUUGUCAGAUGAAGAAAGAUAUCCAGAUUUUGAAAUUACUCAUUGGAUAUAA